GAAGCUGCUUAAUUCACUCCAAUGUGGCUCUUCAACGUAACAUGAACUAGCGCGCGGUGGGCAUGUGUCUCGCACACACACAUACACACUGAGAGAAGCAGCAGCAACAGCAGCAGUCUGUUGUGAAGAGGCUGUUAACUGAAGAUCUCAUCUGGGAUUUCCCUGUUGUAAUACUAAUGGACAUCUCUGAUUUACAACACCCCAUUUGAUCCCUUUAUAUCUGAACCAUUCCCAGCAGCCCGCUCUCCUCUAAAGCGAAUCAGAUAUAGAGAUGUCUCUCCGUAAAGAGCUUUAAGUCGAACUGACAGAUUCUUUUUUUUUUUGGUGACAUUUCACAUCUUUUGCUUUACGAAGAAACAACACAAGGUCACAUUAAAAGGUAGACUCCCUGAAUGGGAGAGUCCUGCUUCAAUCAAACUGAGGCUUUUAAAGAUCGCCCGAUUGACAGUGCCAUCUCCCAUCUCCCGCUGACCCUCCGCACUCAACUUUCUGUCAGGAUGAGUGACUCGCAGGAAGCCACGUCCCCAGUGGCAGGCAUAGGAGGUCCUGUUGCUUGUGUUUCCAAGGUGGAGCUGCGUGUUUGCUGCAAGUCCCUGUUGGACCGGGACACGCUCAAUAAGUCUGACCCCUGCGUCAUGCUCAUGGUACAGAACCAAGGUCAAUGGACUGAACUGGACCGUACUGAGGUGAUCAAGAGUAACCUGAAUCCCGUCUUUGCUAAAGUCUUAAUGCUGGACUACUACUUUGAGGAAGUACAGAAACUGCGCUUUGAAGUUUACGACAUCCACGGAACCCACAGCAUUGGAACGCGCGAUGACGACUUCCUGGGUGGCGUGGAAUGCACGCUUGGACAGAUAGUGGCCCAAAAAAAGAUGAUGAAACCUCUGUUGCUGAAAUAUGGAAAAUAUGCUGGAAAAUCCACUAUAACAAUUCACGCAGAAGAGAUUUCUGGGAACAAUGGUUACUUGGAGCUUUCCUUCUGUGCCAAGAAGUUAGAUGACAAGGAUCUCUUCAGCAAGUCAGAUCCAUUCUUGGAGAUUUACCGGAUCAAUGAUGAUGGAACAGAACAGCUUGUGCACAGAACUGAAGUGAUUAAAAACAACUUGAACCCUGUGUGGGAAUCCUUUAAGGUGUCUCUCAUUUCUCUGUGCAGCUGUGAUGACGAAAGGAAGUUAAAGUGCUUAGUCUGGGACUAUGACUCGAGGGGAAAGCAUGACUUCAUUGGUGAAUUCUACACUAAUUUCAAAGAAAUGCAGAAGAUUUCCUCAGGAAACAAGGUCACGUGGGAGUGCAUCAAUCCAAAAUACAAACUGAAGAAGAAGAACUACAAGAACUCUGGGUUGGUGAUUCUCAGCGAUCUCAAGCUUCACAGAGUCUAUUCCUUCCUGGACUACAUCAUGGGAGGCUGCCAAAUACACUUCACAGUUGCCAUUGACUUCACGGCGUCCAAUGGGGACCCUCGCAAUAGCUGUUCCCUGCACUACAUCAACCCAUAUCAGCCAAACGAGUAUCUGAAAGCUUUGAUAGCCGUGGGAGAGAUCUGCCAGGAUUACGACAGUGACAAACGGUUCUCUGCUUUGGGCUUUGGGGCAAGAAUUCCACCUAAUUAUGAGGUGUCUCAUGACUUUGCCAUCAAUUUCAACCCGGAGGAUGAUGAAUGUGAAGAGAUCCAGGGGGUCGUGGAAGCCUACCAAAACUGCCUGCCCAAGAUCCAGCUCUACGGUCCCACUAAUGUGGCUCCCAUCAUCAACAGAAUAGCUAAACUGGCAGCUGGGAAGGAACCCAUCAAAGACGCUUCUCUAUAUCAUAUCCUGCUGAUCCUCACAGACGGGGUGGUAACCGACAUGGCCGAUACACGGGAGGCCAUUGUUCGGGCCUCCUACCAGCCUAUGUCCAUCAUCAUAGUGGGAGUGGGAAACGCUGACUUCACGGACAUGCAGAUCCUCGAUGGAGAUGAUGGAGUCCUGCGCUCACCCAAAGGGGAACCAGUCUUGAGGGACAUCGUCCAGUUUGUGCCCUUUAGAGACUUUAAAACGGCUUCACCAGCUGCACUGGCAAAGUGUGUCCUAGCGGAGGUGCCUAAACAGGUAGUGGAGUACUUCAGUCACAAGGCCAUACCACCCAUAAACCCAGUGAUGAAUUCAAACCCCAACUCCAUCGCCAACACACCUGAAUAACACUCAAACCUCUGGUCAAGCCCUCUACUCCUCAACGGUCCAGCAAAGAGAGUGAGAGCUGGGACAGGCCUGCUCUGCCACAACACACAGUACAUUGACUACAUUUUGUUCAUUCAUAAGGUGUUUACACACGACUGACGGUUU